UCCAAUUAGCCAGCAGACCGAACUUAGCAGAACUCAUAUCGAAACUAUGUUAUACCCAAGAGAAGCUGGGCAGUUUAUUGCUGAAAACAGCUCUGACAUUACCAUUGAUUAUGCCAGAGUUGCAGAAGUUGCAGUUCAGCUCCUGGAAAGCCUCAAACGGAAGGAGUUUGGAAUCAAGAGUUUUAAAGAACAUGAACUAAAUCCUAAAGUCAUGGAUGAAGCUGCUGUAGAGUGGAUAUUUGUAUGUGAUCUUCUCAAUUUCUCCUUCUGGUCCGAGGACCAAAGUAAGAAGUAUGUGGUCAAGUACAAGGGCAAGGAAUUUACUGGCUAUUGGUCAAUGUGUGCAGCAAUGAGGAGGGCUUCUGAUGAGGGAAUUCCAAUCACAUGUCCCUCAUAUUAUGCCAAUGUAACCAGACAGCAGCUAUCACAUAUCUUCCGCUCAGAUUCUGAACAUGAGAUACCAAUGUUUGAAGAGCGGCUCCAGUGUCUUCAUCAGGCAGGAAAAUGUCUUGUUGAGAAAUAUAAUGGUAAAUUUACAAACUGCUUGAAACAAUGCAACCAAAGUGCCAGGCAGAUGAUCGAUUCUGUACCCACAGAUUUUCCAUCAUUUUAUGAUGUUACCACAUUCCAAGGACAAAAAGUUGGUAUCUUUAAAAGGAUGCAGAUUCUAAUAGCUGAUAUAUGGUGCUGCUUCGAGGGUCAAGGUCUUGGGACAUUUGAUGAUAUAGAUACAAUCACGAUGUUUGCGGACUAUAGAAUUCCACAGAUUUUGAAUUACUUUGGUAUUCUCAAGUAUUCCAGUUCAUUGAUGAAUAAAAUAAACAAAGGUGCUAUGUUUCAAACUGGCGACAGGGACGAGGUCGAAAUUAGAGGCUGCAGCAUUUGGGCAACUGAGCUCCUCACGCAAAAGCUGAAAGACCUGAUGAAGAAAGAUCCUUCCAUGUCUGAUGUUGUGCUGAACACCAUCCUUGUGGACAACUACUUAUGGGACUACAGACGCGAACAUGACACGGAGACAAGUGUGGUUCCAUUUCAUAAAAUCCGGUGUAUAUAUUACUGAGCCAGGAACUUUUAAAAUCAGAGGACUUCAAGUUUGCAAGAUGAACUUGAGGCAAUACCUUGAUUGUAAACACUGUCUAACAAGACCAGUAAUCUAUGUUGACUUGAGGAAUUGUUUGUGCCAAUGAUAGUUUAUGAUGCCUAGUCAUUAAUUCGUCUGUGAAAGGGCUUUUGUGUGAUCGGUCACAAUUACAAAAACAAUGCAGAACUUCAGCACCAGUACUUAUUUUGUGACGAAUCCUAAUUUUCUUCUAUUAAAAACAAUCUUAUCCCA